AUGGAGGUGCAGGCAAGAAGGGCUGCCGAAGAGGAGUACGCCAUCUUUGUGCCCAAGGACGCGAGGGAAGCAAAGUUUUCCGAGCAGGGCUCCUACAUCGCAUCCAACGAGUAUGAGCUCCCCAAGGGAGGGACGUGGUCCAAGUUCAAGACGAAAGGUUACUGCGAUGAUGUGAUCCGUAAGGUGAUUGCGCGAGAGAUCAGAGAAUUGAGAAAAUCAUCAAGCAAAAUCAUCGAUGCCAUCUAA